GUUAACAUGUAAUGGUGGUGAAUGGUUUGUUGUGUUGAUGAAGGCAUUCGUAGUAAGAAUAUUCGCUUCUUAGAUUGGAACUUAAAUGUUAUUUCAGUACAAAUCGAAUAAAAAAUAAUUUCCUGGAAAGCGAAUCGAAACAAAAAGCAUUGCAUUAUUUCAUAAUUAAUUCCAGACAAUUGUGCAAAAACUGGGCUGCUAAUUUCUCAGUGACGCUAGUGAUGGCUCUGUUUCAGUGACCCCGAGUUUCAGUAGCACUUCACCAGGAUGUACAUUCAAAGCUAUGCCCAUUAUUGCAAUCAGGAAACUAAAAAGUGAUAACAGCGCAAAAAUGAAAGUUAUCACAAAUUUCGAUCUUAGCGGAUUUUAUGUUGUGCACGAAAUUUCGAACGUUUCUUUAUGCGAAACAGCCAGUAGGACUUGUGUUUGUAAACCAAUCAAGUAUCAGCUGAGGAGGAGUACUAAGCCUACCGGGUCGUAGAAAAAGUUAGGUUUGAGCUGCAUUUUGCUUUGUUUGUUGACAUAAGUCGCUUGAAUAGCACAUCUGCACCGUCUUUUUUUAACAGUUUGUACAAAAGGAUUGAAUAGUGAUAUGAAGUUUAAAGAAUAAUAAUAAACACUUCAUUAAGAGAGUUUGAAAAAAAAAAAAAAACUGCUCUAAGUUAAGAGCUUCUGGCAUGCUUCAAGAUUUAAGGCAUAUAUUUAUAUACUUCCAUGAAAAUUUCACAUUAUCCUUUGCAAAUCAUCUGUAUUAUCUGCCUUUUCUUGGAAGUUGUUGAUACUGACGUAGCUGUGUAUAUUGUGUUGAGCAUCUUCUUGCAUAAUUUUUUAAAAAAGUUUCUCAUUACUGGGUGAGUCAGCUUUGAGUAGAAAGGUUAUUCAGCUAUUGAAGAAUCAGAUUUUGUUUGCCACAUUUUGCAUACGAGGUCUUCAUGUGGCUUGCAAUAAUCAGAUCAAUCACAGCUUCCAUUUAUACUGUAUUGAAACAUUCCAUUAUUUUGCAAAAGCCAUGUUCAAAAGGAAAUGUUAGAAACAUUUGACAUUCUAUUCAUCUGCCAUUUUUUCAAGUAAAGUACGCCAUGUAAGCAGUUUUCAUAUGUCUGUUCCUGGCCCUGUCAGGUGUGUGAAGCAUCUACGAAACUGGCUGCGAUCUUCCUCAACAAAACGUAGGCUUGGCAGGAGCUUGUAUUUUCUCAUCGAAUGUAGAUAACUUGCCUAAGAAAAAAGGCAAGUCAUAAAAUGUGAAUCGUGGCAGAUCAGGUGUAUAUAAUUUACUGUGAUGUGAAUACACUGAAUAAUCGAAGGCUUGCAAAAAUAAACAUAAAGCGGAAUGUUCGUGCCCUCCAAAGAAUUUGAUAUUUCUAAUAUGGGAGAGGCUGCUGUAAAAGCACAUAUGAAAGGAAGAAUGGAAAGUAAGUAACUUAGAACAAAAGCAGAAUAUACGAGUAGAUUCCAGGCUGUUGUGGAAGAUUUUAGAAAUCGUUCUACACUGUAUUAAGCAAUGACUGUGGCAAAAGUAGACCGAGCUAACAGCUUAUUGUUUCAUGCAUUUCCAUUUUGAAUAGAAUAAUGGGCUAGCUUCAAACAAAUAAAUUUAUCAUGUCUGCUUCAUGGCAGCAGACAUAAUGAGGAUGGUGAAUUGUCCUCCUGGUCUGAAUUUUGUUAAUUUUGUCUGCACGAUGGUCACCAGAUAGAACUGGGCUCCCCCAUGUGUGAGUCAUGAUGAAUGGGGAAGGACCUAGUGUACCUAUUACAACUUUAGCUGGUAUACAAAGCCUGACUGACCUUUUGUUAGAAUUGCCUCUUCCUACACCACUGCCAAGUGUCACAGGACACCAAAGUCUUCUUUCUCAUUUGAGAGAUUCUGAAGAAGCAAGGAGACUUUUGAGUACUCAAGAGUCCAUAUUAAUCCCACCGCUCAUUGAUGCAUUAGGCUGUACAGUCACAGAUCAUAUUGAAGUGAAAGAUGGCUAUUAUGGAAGUGGUUCCCAUAGUGGACAAUUAUCGCAACUUGUGCAGUAUUUGCUCGGUACAAAUCCUGGCCUUUUCAAAGGCUCAAUGCACGAGCUUCAUGGUGGAAGUAUUGAACACCAUGUACCUCCUGGGCAGUGGCUGCAGAGGCAGUGUUCAAAUAUUCCAGUGCAUUCACAGCCACAUGCUUUUACAGCAACUGCAGUUUCACCUUGUCAGCCUCGUCCAACUCAAGACAACAGUCCAAAUUAUUUUCCACUUGAGCAUCCCCCAACACCACAAGGUGCAAGAAUUGUACAAAGCAAAACAUUAAAUGUGGUGCCACCCAAAUCACCUGCGGCAUAUUCUCCAUAUGCUAAUCCUGUGGUAUCAUCUGGUCAACAUCCAAUCACUCCUCUCCACCAUAAUGCCAUUUCCCAAGGGACAACUGAUUCCUUAUCCUCAGGUUUGCAAGAAAGCCCACAAAUAUUUAAUUCUCCGCUUGUCAAUCAACAUAUUAUUAAUGUAUCUCAAUCAUCGGCUGCAAUACAUCCAUUUAGCAAUGGAAACUGCGUUGAUGAUAUUGAUCUUUCAGCAAUAAAUACAAAACAGAAUGAUAGGACAGAAAAUCACAUUCUGAUUCCACCACAAGUAAUAGGAGGCUUAGCACCAAACUGCUCUCCUCUUAUAUCGCCUUUAAACAACCCAAAUGAUAUAUCUUCAUCAUCAUCAUCAUCUUCAGCACAGCAUAUAAAUUCAUCCAGUGUUAUAGUUGGACCUACUGUUCCACAGAUGCAUAUUAAUUGUAUGAAAAAGCCAAUCUUUGAGCAAUGGCAGCCUGUACCAAAUAAUUCAUAUAAUAUUUCACACAAUUCAUUUUCCAAAACAAAUGUAUAUAGUGUAAGCAAUAAUGUAAAUGUAUCUAUGGUUGAAAAUAUUCAGCCAUUAUCUGUGCCUGAACUAGAAAUAUUCAAAGAAAACCAACCAAAUAAUCAUUUAGAAUCAAAAGAGAAAAACGAAAAUGCUAUGGUACCUGAAGACGAUAAACUGAAAGUUGCCUCUGAACCUUUGGUAGUUUUAUCAAAGUUAAGUAUUGAGGAGCAACUUCUUGCACAAAAGAGUGUGAAACAGUUCAUAAAAACACAAAAAAGUUCUUCCUCUCCAGAGCCGAUUAAACAUCCUACACCAAGUAAAAACAUUGAAAUGAAUAACCAAAGGAGGUUCUCAACCUGUAAAGAAUUUGAAACUAAUAAGGCGUCAUCUCGUAGAAGAGGAAGAAAUAAUGAAUAUUGCCCUGUUAAUCGUAAAAAUUCAGAAGUUGUGAAGGAUAAGGGUUUGAAAAGAAAUAGUAUUGUAGUAGAUGAUAAGAUCUAUAAUAAUACUAGCUCUCUAAGUGAAAGAGUUAAGAAGAGAAGGCGUACAAGCCAGCAAGCAACCUAUAUGGAAUCUCUUGGUUCAAACGACGAAAACAGUGAUGGUUCUUUCAAGGAAGACGUUAUCUCAGAAAAACUUGAUGUAUCACCAUUUAAAGUGAAGAAAUUGAAGAGCAAAAAAGUUAAAAAAGAAUUCGCUUCUGAACCACUUUCUGUGGAGGAUUUAAUGGAUACAAAUACUUAUCAGCAUUUUUCAAGAACUGUAGAUGCUAUCUUUGAUUCUGUGGAAGAUAUUGAUUUUUCUGCUGUGAUAGAUGAAGAUGCAGAGUGUGCUGCAGAAGUGCUUAUACCUCUAAAUCAGUUGCAAGAUCUGAGCAAUGAAGCAGCGAAACUUAAAAGGCUACAUGCAAUGAACCAAUUUCCACCUGAACGAUUAGUGCGAUUGCUUACAAUUUUGGAGAGGAAUAUUAUUGAUGGAGCAAAAUUACUUCCUGUACAGGGUAUGGAAGAGCAAGAUGAAGAAGAAGCCCGUCUAUUUUUGGAAUUAACAAUGGAGAGAGUUAUGCGAAGUGCUGAAGCAUCAUUGACUGCUCUGUAUGUUAUGACAUCUCAGAAUAUGCCUGAAAAAGUAUUUUUAGAGGAUGUAAUCGAGAGAAUUGUUCUUUUUCUGAAGUAUCAGCUGCAAAAUACAGUGUUCCCAGUGUUUGAUCCUGCAUAUAGACUAGAUCCAAAAUCUAAGGAUGGAUAUGCUGGAAAUAUAAAGCAGAAGAGAGCUCAUGCACAUAGAGUCAAGGAAAAAUCUAUACUCCAGCUGUAUAACAAAUUGCACGAAACUGUUAGUUUGUUGGCUGAAUUAUUAGAAUUGCAAACAUUAACAGAUACCAUCAUUUUGCAGGUUUCAACUUUAGGAGUAAGCCCCUUUUUUGUAGAAGGUAUAAGUGAAUUACAAUUGAAUGCUCUUCGUCUGGUGACGACUGUUUUCUCGCGAUAUGAAAAGCACAGACAGCUUAUAUUAGAAGAUAUAUUAGCAUCAAUUGCGAGAUUACCAACAAGCAAAAGAAGCUUGAGAAAUUACCGUUUAAAUUCAGAAGAAAACAUACAGAUGCUAACAGCUUUGGUUUUGCAGUUGAUUCACAGUGUUGUUAAAUUACCAGAACCAGAUCUAAAAGCUGAAUACCUUUCUAAUGAAGAACGCCCCAACAAUCCCGAAACUAAAGAAAAAAUUUAUGUUGAUAAAGAUGUUCUUUUUAUUACAUCUUAUGAAGCAUCAGUUACGACUGCUGUUAAUUUUCUUUCUGUAUUUUUAAAAAAAUGUGGUACAAAAAAUGAAGAAAUGGAUUACAGACCCUUAUUUGAAAACUUUGUCCAAGAUUUGUUGAGCACAGUUAAUAAACCCGAAUGGCCAGCAUCAGAACUGUUACUUUCUGUUUUAGGAAGAAUAUUAGUGAGGAAUUUUAGUAAUAAAUCUAUGGAAAUGACACUUAGGGUUGCAUCUUUAGAUUAUUUAGGAGUUGUAGCAGCGCGCUUGCGGAAGGAUGCUGUUACUAGUCAAGAUCGUAAAGAUAUGAUAAAUGAUGUUAUCCAGAGAAUAAUGUCAGGAAUUGAUGAUCUUGAUUCCAGUACCUCAAAAAGCAAGAAGAAAAAUAAAAAGAGGACUGCUAAACGAGAUGAAACUCAAAUACUUCAGAAAGCUCUUCUACAGUAUCUUGAUUCAAAUGCAGAAAGUGACCCAGCUCUCCAGUUUGCACGUAGAUUUUACAUUGCUCAGUGGUAUCGGGAUGCAGCUGCUGAAAUUAAACGAUCAAAUAAAUCAUUAAAUUUCCCAAAAGAAGAAGCCGAAAAAGCGGACAAAUUGGAUCAGUCUGUUCGUAGUAAUAAAAUCAAAAUUAAGCGAGCACGAACUUCUCGGAGGAGAUCAUCCCAAAUUACUUACGAAGAAGAAGAGGAGGAAGAUGAAGAAGACGAAGAAAAGAACAAGGAGGAAUCAAAAGUAGAAAAUGAUGAAGUGAAUGCCAAAAUACUUGCCUUGGCAGAGGAGAGGAAACGAUUUCUUUUGACAGUUAUCAAGAAACAAGAACCUCCUAAAGUUAAUAUGAAAGAAGAAGAACAUAUUGAUUAUAAAACUGCAGAAUUAAUAUCGCAGUAUUUAGCUUCGACCAGAUAUUUCUCCAAGAGUUUUGAUUUGUACUUGUCUCAGAUUUUACGUGUGCUUAGUGAAACGGCUGUCGCUGUACGUACUAAAGCAAUGAAAUGUUUAACUCUUGUUGUUGAGGCUGAUCCAAGCAUUUUGUCUCGUCCAGAUAUGCAGAAAGGUGUUCAUGGGAGGCUGCUAGAUCAUUCAACCAGCGUGCGAGAGGCUGCAGUUGACUUGUUGGGCAAAUUUAUUUUAAUCCGUCCUGAGCUCAUAAGUCAGUAUUAUGAAAUGCUAACUGAACGAAUUCUAGAUACUGGUGUCAGUGUUCGUAAACGAGUAAUCAAAAUAUUAAAAGACAUCUGUCUUGAGCAUCCAGAUUUUCCAAAGACCUCAGAAAUAUGUGUCAAGAUCAUUCGUCGUGUGAAUGAUGAAGAUGGCAUAAAGAAGCUGGUCGGAGAAGUUUUUCAAAGUAUGUGGUUCACACCAACUUCGGAAAAAAACCCGCAGAGAAUUCUUCAGAAAGUUAAGAAUAUAACACAUGUGGUAGAAGCUUGUCGAGACACUGGAUUAGAAUGGUUCGAACAAUUACUUACAAAUCUAUUAAAGAACAAAGAAGAUAGUAAUUAUAAAUCUGUUAUAAAGUCUUGUAAACAGAUAGUAGAUUGUUUAGUUGAAAAUCUUUUGCAGUUAGAAGAAUCUUCUCAAAAUGUUGAUGGUGGCGCUAGCCCCCAUCUUGUAGCUUGUUUAGCAACAUUACAUCUGUUUAGUAAAAUAUACCCCCCUUUUGUUGUUCCACAUGCUACAACCAUUCAACCAUAUCUCAGUAUGCGAUGUAAUACACAUUCUGAUUUUUUGUUAUUAAAAAAUGUUGCACAGACAUUAGAAUUAAUUGUGCCGCUUAUAGAACAUCCUAGUGAAACAUUUCUAGCCCAAAUAGAAGAGGACAUGGUAAAGUUAAUUCUUCGUCAACACAUGGGAUUACUUCCUAGUUGUGUUAGUUGCCUUGGGGCUGUUGUUAACAAAGUUACCCAUAACUACCAACUUGUUAGGGAUUGUUUUCAAAAAUUUUUUGUUGUUUUGUUGGUAUGUAAGAAAGAGUAUGAAAAAAAUCCUGGUAACCAUAAUCUGAAAGCAAUGCGUCCAAAACUAUUACGUUCUCUUUACACUGUUGGAUUGUUUUGUCGUCACUUUGAUUUUGAUGCCAUGGAUACUUGUCCAGAUCGAAAUAGCAAUAUCUCUCUGAAAGAUCGGGUUUUUGAAGGCAUUCUGUAUUUCAAUCAGCAUCAUGAUGAAGUCAUUCGAUUGAAAGCUUUAACAGGUCUUGGCUUCAUAAUGAUAAGGCAUUAUGAAUUUAUGCUUGGUCCAGAAGUAAAAUCUUUAUAUCAUUACCUGCUUACUUCUCCUGGAGUCUCGAGCAUACUUAAAUGUCAGGUUUUGAAAAACAUAACAAAUUAUCUUAUUGAAGAAGAACUGCGAAUGAUUCAGAAAGAUGCUGAAUGGAGCAAGAACUCAAAGUCUGAAGAUUUAAAAGAAAUGGGUGAUAUAACAUCUGGCAUGGCGAGUACAGUCAUUCAACUUUAUUUAAAACAAGUUCUUGAAUGUGUUCUUCACACAGAAAUAAAUGUUCGUAAAGCGUCUCUUCAAGUUAUUCAAUUGAUUCUUGGGCAAGGUUUAGUACAUCCUGUGCAAAUAGUACCAUAUUUAGUAUGUUUGGGUUCUGAUGAUGAUCCAAUUGUUAGAACUAAAGCUGAUCAGUUACUUCAAGAAAUAGAAAAGAAAUAUCCUGGUUUUAUUCAGAUGAAGGCAAUGUUAGGUGUCAGAAUGUCAUUUAAAAUGCAGCAAUUAAUACGAAGUCAGGAUGAAAUUUUGCGAGGUUUUCGGACACCCGAUACACCUGUCAGUAGAAAUGGAUUUUUAUAUUCUGUUAUGAGAUCAACUAGACAGAGUAGAAGGGCAUUUCUUUUUUCAUUGUUGAAACUGUUUGAUGAACAGACAAAAACACCUUUAACAGAGCUUUUGUACAUAGCAGAUAAUAUUGCUUAUUUUCCUUAUAUGGCACAAGAUGAACCUUUGUUUAUUAUGCAUCAGUUAGAUAUAAUGCUUUCAGUCUCCGGUUCUAACUUGUUACAGACUUUUCGUGAAUCUCUUCUGUACAAGCAAGCAUCAAAGGCAACAGGACAAUCUGUUGCAAAUAAUGAGAUAGAUGAUGACGAUGAUGAUGAUGAUUAUGAUUCUAUCUUGGAGCGUCUUCCAGAGGAUACAUCAGUUUUGCAAGAGUGCAUUAUAGCAUCUCAAGGUUGUGUAUUGCUCCUAUAUGUAAAGCAAACGCUUAAAGAAAUGUAUGGUUUUACUGAUAAUAAAAUUCAGCAAUAUUCUCCAAAUGAGACUGCUAAAGUUUAUGAAAGACCUCUUAAUCGUAAAGGACAUGUUCGCUUCAAUCCAGAAACUGUUAUAGAUUUUAUUAAACGUGGAGAACUCCAACUUGAAGGAAAGUUGGAUAUGAAAGGUAGGCAGCAAUUAGUUCAGCAAUAUCUUCAUUUUAAACAGUUAAUGCUCACUAUUGAUCCAUCUGAUGAUGAUGAUGAGGAGGACAAUCAGGCUAAACCUGUAGCGUCCAUUAUUACAAUAACAACUGUAACAAAUACAACAGAAAUGACUGCCAACAACGAAAAUACAGAGGGUGACACAAAGCCUUCCCAGCCAUCUAUGCAAAAAACAAAGAUUGUGAUAUCAAGAAAAUGCAAAUCACCCUCUCAUACUCGACAUCUCAGAAAAUCACCAAAGGUGUCUAAAGAAAAAGUGAAAAAGAAGCACAAAAAGAAACGAAAACGGUUGCUAGAUUCGGCGUCAGAAGAUUCCGGGAGUGAUCCUGAUUACAUGGAUUCUUCAUGAUGGGAUGUGUAAUACGCAGUUUUAAAAAACCCACCUAAGCCUGUACCUGUGUUCAUUUGCACUGCGUCUAUAUGAGGAAUUGUCAUUCAACAGCUGUUUUAUAGAUUUCUUCCAUGUGGGGAAUCAGUUGUAUAAUGAAUGAAUUUCACACAUAUAAAUUGAAGUUAGUGGAUUCAUUGAAAAGAGCAAACUGCAAAUGGUAAUAGUUGGUUUUGCUAUGCAUAAUACUUUUCAUGAAAUGAUUCAUUAAAACUGAAUUCCCACGUUCUACAAUAUAUAUUUUAACAGUGAACUAGUGUAUGUAGUAGAAGGUGUGGGUAUUAUCAUAAUAUAUAAAUUGAUGUAACUUAUUUAUUAUUAAGGAAUUGUUAAACAAAUUUACUGGUUAUAAAACUUUUUAUGGGGCUACAUGAGUGAUGUUUUUACGUAUCUGUAUAGAUAAAAUGAGAUAGCAGCAAUUUUAAAAGUUUUUUUUCCUUCCCUUUCUACAGUCAUUAUAAAUAAUGCAUUAUGCCAUAUGUUCUGGUACAUUUUUAACUCUGUAAGUUAUAUUGUUAUAACACAUUGUAAAAAAAGUUACACAUGCACAAGCAUUUUAACUAAUUUAAACGAAAAGCAUCAUUUCGUCAGCAUAAACUGAUCCAGGAGUUGUAACUUAACUAUGUGUCACAAAAGUGUAAAAUUCAUUGUUUUGUACUCGACAGUUUUAGCAGCCUACUAUGCAAUAAAUUAUUAUUUUGAAAUGUUUAAUGCUGCUCUCUGUAAUAAAAGAUGAAUUAAAAGGUUAUUCUUAGUUUUAUAAUGAACGUAGAUAGUGUUGAAUUGCAUAAUUAUAAAAGUCAUGCCUGGUCAUGUUAAGAUAAUAAAGCCUGCCAGUUUCUAAACAAUAAUGUACGGUAAUGCCACUCUUACCAAAGAGAUUCGUUGGCAGGAAUUGGUAUUUUUGUAGAUAAAAUGAAGUAAAAUGACAUUGUUUUAUGUUUUCAAAGUUUUAACAGUUUUUAAAAGAACGUGUUAAAAAUGUGUCUGUUUGUUAAAUUAAUAAUAAUAAAACUGUGGCCAAUUUGUUGCCAGUUUUAAACAAGCAAAGAAUAAAGAUAAUAAAAUUUUUUAAUAUAUUUUUUUUUUCUAAUGAAUGAACUAUUUUGUGUUUAAUGGUUCACUUUGUAAUUAUUUCAAGACUCAUUUGGA